CCGUAGACACAUCGUUCUUUCGACAGUUCAUUUAGUCACUGAGUGUUCGUGCACUAACCAACAACCCUCAACCUUCCACUCGACAAAUACGCUAAUACAUUUUUUUUUUAUAUUCUAGUUGAGUUUUUGAGUUUUUUUCAUUUAUUUUCACUUUUUCAUCUUAUUUCAUCCGUUUGUUACCAGUUUACCCCGCCAAUUGCAAAUAGAUACAUCUUUGGAAAAAAAAAGAAAAAAAAGAGAAAAAAAUCUCGUUGAACUUUGAGUGAACAAGUGUACAACCAUAAAUAAAUCUAAAUUUGUUUAUCCAAGUAUAAUACUCGAAUCUGUACACCAUUUAGUUGACAGGAAAAAAAUAACGUGUCAUAUUUAUACGUGUGAUAUUUUGACGAGUAUUGAUACGAGGAAAAAAAUAAGAGUUCUAUUGGUUAGUGCUUAAUUAAUAGUGGAUGGAGUGUAACAAGUGAUAAUCCUUAAACACGGAUCAUAGAAUGGCACUUGAUUAUCUGCAGGAGGCACAAAUUAACGCAGGACUCUUAACAGCUCAACAAUUGGACAUGAAGCAGGAGAGUGAAAGGCAGCCGCUGUCGCCGCCACUGAACAACAACACAUCGGUGUCAUUAUUCCCUCGAAUGGGUGCGGCAGCAGCAGCAGCAGGACUGUCAAUGCUAACGCCCCAACAAUUAUUGGCAGCAAGUCACACAGCAGCACUUAUGGCCGCUGGUAUUCCCGUAUCACUUCACGCGAGUUUGGCAGCAGCGAGCCCGUCCCUUUAUGCACAUACGCAAUCAUUGUUUGGUGGUUGGCCACCAACCGCCUCAUCACCUCCAUCGCCCCUUCAGCAUGGUCCAAUUUCACCAGCCCUCAGCACUAAAUCCAUCUCUCGUUCACGUACAAACAGCACCAGCAAUAAUAAUAACAACAACAAUAGCAACAGCAACAACAACAACAUUGUCAGCAGUAGUGCAGAUAGGUUGAUAAAUAAGAAGGCUCAGGGUAAAAAACGUGGACCCAAGAGUAAAAUAGACUUGAGUCUGCCAACGAUGGUUGAAGGUGUACCUGCUGUAGCACCACCAAGUCCACCAGCGUCAAUCAGUCCUGAGGCUGUCAAGGACAGCAAGGAUAAGAUUUUCACCUGUCGCACUUGCUCGAGAUCAUUUGGGUACAAGCAUGUACUGCAAAAUCAUGAACGUACACACACUGGAGAGAAACCAUUCGAAUGCCCGGAAUGCCAUAAAAGAUUUACCAGGGACCACCACUUGAAAACCCACAUGAGACUCCAUACAGGUGAAAAACCAUAUCACUGCAGUCACUGUGAUCGUCAAUUCGUCCAAGUAGCAAAUCUCCGUCGCCAUCUUCGUGUCCAUACUGGCGAGCGUCCAUACGCCUGUGAAUUUUGCGCUCAAAAAUUCAGUGACUCGAAUCAAUUGAAAGCCCAUCUCUUAAUUCACACCAACGAAAAACCCCUUCAAUGUCCACACUGCCAAAAGAGAUUUAGGAGGACUCACCACUUGCUUCAUCACAAGUGUGUUGCGACUAUCGGCGUCUCCCAGAUAGCAUCACCCUCAACAGUUAGCGAUGAUUUGGAUGAGGACAUUGAUAUUGAUAUCGAUGGUGAAGUUGAUGAGAAGCCAAAUGUUACAGGGCGCAGAGCACUGCAUCACUCCUUGCCAAGUCCCAGUCUGGAAAACAGUCUGCAGAUGCCAUUGAAUCUAUCGAGUGUAUCAAUGAACAUUCCUGAACAAACUGAGCCGGAGGAUUUGUCAAUGUCCACUGGAAUGCACAGACCCUCUUCACACAGUCACAGCAGUGGAGAUUCACCGCUGAGCAGAAGUCCCAGCAGUGAUACACUCCACGAGGAAGAGGAUGACGAGCUUGAUGUCAAAGAGGCAAGCCCAAGCACACUUUUCCUUCAUCGUCAUCACGACGAAUACAGACUUCAUCUCGCUAAUCUAGCUAAAAGUGACUCCAAUAAUCCAUCAUAGUUGGGCGUAGGUACGUAGACGAUAACUACGUAGUGUUCACUUUUCUUCUUAUUUUUUGUCUCUCCAUUGGGCAAAACAUUAGGGGAAACACUUUACACUCACUACGUAUUUAACAUUCAUUUUUCCAUUGUAAUUAUGUUUUGGAAAUGAUUAUUCGAUGAAGCAGCGUAUUAUUAUCAAGUUUAUUAGCGGAAAAAUCUGUUGAACUGGAUGAUGAAAUUUCACGUUAAAAAUUCAAUCGGUAGAUGAUGAUAAAAGAAUGAAUAGAGUUCAUUCAUCUUUUUAUAUUGUUUGAUCAAUAUUAAUGAGAGUGCUUCAUUAUUAUUGCUCGUACGAUCUAAUAAAAUAUUCAGGGAUGCGUCGAUAUAGAUUAAUAUUAUUAUAAAUAAUGCAUAUAUGAUAGUAUUUUAUUGGGGUGCAGAAAGAUGGUUUUAAAAUAUAGAGAAAAAAAUACGGAAUUGGAGAGUUUUCUGUCGUCCAGUCUGAAUUAUUAGGUAGAAAUUCGUAUUUCGGUGUAAAUAGUGGUAUUGAAAAUGAAAAAGAAAGAUUAAUAGCGAGGAAAGCCUAUAUUAUAUAUAUAUAUAUAUAUAUACACAUAUAUAUAAAUAUUAAGUUUAGUCGUUGUAGUUAGUGUGAUUAAAUUUUUUUUUUCUUCUAUCGGAAAUUACAGAAAUUUGUGAGAGAUGAGGAUGAGUUUAACUUGUGUGCAAGUCCCUCAAAUAACACAGAUAAUGACCGGAGAGUCACAGAAUAGGGAGCGAUAUGAAAUGGCAUAUUUCGCACCAUGCAAAUAGCUCCACUUUUUUUUUCCAAUAUUUAGUCUAGGAGUUGAAUUUUGAUUUUUGAUGUGUAUAUAUUUCACUCGAUACCAAUGUAUAUUUAUUUUUUCAUUACCCCAUGGCUUGUGGCUGCCACGCUGUUAUUGAUUUAUAUAAUUUUUUUACUAUUAUUUUUUCUUCCUCAAUGAAUCUGUAAA